AAGCCCCCUGACAUUUUACAAAACAGACCUCGUGUGCAUCUGGCGGCCGGCGCGCCGCCGGCGACGGCGGGCGCUGCUGAGCAAAUCUCGAGCCGGCGGGGCGCUGCUGAGCAAAUCUCGACGCCGGCGGAAGGGACGGAGCUCCGAGCAAGAGGCCAGUCGUGUCCACGGCCACGGCGGCGGCCAUCGUGCUAGCACGCGCACCAGGACACUCCCGCUCUCGUCAGGGCCUCCAGACCGGUAGAGUUCAAUCCGCCGCCGGAUCACAGGCGGUUUCAGGUCAAGCCGGGGCACAGCUCGGCAGCGUCCUCGGCGCCUCGCUCGAGCUGCCCUUACGCCUCGGCACCGGCCUCUUCGUCGUCGGACGUCAAAAAGGAUAGUACUGCUAGUCUAUGUGCCAGUUGGUUGAUGGAAUGAAAUGAGCUCCCAUAAAAAAAAAAAAACUGCACUGGAAGUCACCAGUCCAAGUCUCCGGUCUCCAGCCAUGCGGACAGCGAGGUGGAGACGUAGUCAGCCGCAGACUGCCGAAUACCUGUUGACUCCAUGGACGACUCCCUCUUCCUCCCAAGAGUCAAGAACCGAGUGCUCCUCCUCUUCGCAAUCGCCACGCUACAAACGCCAUGUACGGCCCGCUCCUAGCGCUGAUCGCGGCCGCCGGGGCCUCCGUUGCCAUCGCGGCUCCCUGCCUCCUCCUCGCCUACCUCUGCCGCCGGGGCAAGAACCGCCACCUCCUCAAGCCACACCACCGCGGUCAACGCUGCUCUCCGUCCUCGGCGCCGGUGCUCCCCGUCUCCGCUCCCGCCGGGACAACCGAUUCGUCGUCGUGGUCCUUCUACGGUUCGGCCGCGGACGCCUCGCUCGAGGAGCUCUCGCUCGCCGACCUCGCCACCGCCACCGGCGGCUUCUCCCCGGACAACAUCAUCGGCGACGGGAGCUUCGGGUUCGUGUACCGCGCCGUGCUAUCCGGCGGCGCUGCGGUCGCCGUCAAGCGCCUCUCCGACGACGGCGCCACCGGCGCGGGCAACCGAGAGUUCCGCGCCGAGCUGGAGGUGCUCGGCAGCCUCAGCCACCCGAACCUCGCGCGCCUGCUUGGGUACUGUGCCGCCGGCCGCGACCGCAUCCUCGUCUACGAGCUCCUCGAGAACGGCAGCCUCGACUCCUGGCUCCACGGCGACGCCGCUGGCCCCGGUCCGCUCCCCUGGCCCGCGCGUCUCCGCGUCGCCCGCGGCGUCGCGGCCGCGCUCGCGUUCCUGCACCACGGCCGACGCCCGCCCGUUCUCCACCGCGACAUCAAGGCCAGCAACGUCCUGCUCGGCGAGGGGCUGGAGGCCAAGCUCGCCGACUUCGGCCUCGCCAGGAUCGUCAGGGGAAGCCCCGCCGCGUCGCACGUCAGCACGCAAGCCGCCGGCACCGCCGGGUACGUUGCGCCGGAGAUAUGGGCCGGCGUGGGUGCAACCGCCAAGGCAGACGUGUACAGCUUCGGGAUACUGAUGAUCGAGAUAGUAACAGGUCACCGGCCAAGUUGGCCGGUGAAGGCCAACAUCGGGGGGAAGGAGGUUGAUUUGGUAGACUGGGCGAGGGAGAAGAUAGAGGCAGGCCAAGCCUCGGAGAUUCUGGACCGUCGGAUAGGGACCGGAGGGCAGGAGAAGGAGAUGGACGAGGUGAAGGCGCUCUUGGAUAUCGCACGGCGGUGCACGGAGGGUAAUCAGAAGAACAGGCCGACAAUGGAGGAGGUGGUAGCCAUGCUGAACAAGCUCUGAGAAUGUCAAAUCAAGCAGCUGACAUUCAGAUGACCAGUUGCAUUGGUGAGCUUAUUAAACUUUAAAAGAAGUUGAAGACUAUACAGUGAAUUAUUUUCAUUGCCUUUUGUACAUGUUGUGGUUUUGCCACAAAGUCGUGGGUGCAUGCUAUAUGCUAUUCUGCCAUGUGCUUAACCUAGAUUGAGAGAAGACAUAUUUUACCUAUGCAAAUAAAUUUGCAGAGUGCACUAGAAAUUUUUACAGACGAUGCAUAAUCUCAUAUUGCUAAUAAAAUGGAUGGCCUUGG